UGUAUGAUAUUAAAUGGAGUGAUCUAUUUUUUAGGCUGACACAGGGCAGACUCCAGAUGACAGGAGCCGGCAGUCUUCAGAUUUUUAACGUCCAGAAAUCCGAUGCAGGGACGUACUCUUGUCGGCCCAGUAACAUGGAGGACUCCAUAGACUCGGAGGCCACACUGACUGUCCUAGUUCCACCCAAAUUUCUGGUCAAGCCCGUAGAUCGGCUGGCUGAGGAGAAGACGGACGCUAUUUUUCGUUGUGAACUGGACGGUUCUCCUAGCCCAGGAAUCUAUUGGACAAAGGACGGCAGCGCCAUAGUAACGUCUGAUUACGUCAUUGAGGACGGGAGCGAGCUCAGGAUUCUGGGAUUGGUUCCGUCUGACGCUGGCUUCUAUCAGUGUCAUGGAAAUAAUGAGCUAGGGAGUAUACAAGCUAUAGCUCAGCUCGUGGUAUUACCAAAUGGCCCUAUUUCCUCGACAGACAGCUAUCAGUUUUUUGGUCCGUACUCCAGUAAUGGAGCGAAUCUACCCAGGGAGCCGUCCGAUCUGUCAGCGGCCAUCAUAUCCAAACGCUUCAUCACGCUCCGCUGGACUCAGCCCAGUAAUGGACAGGUGACCGGGUACUCGGUCUUCUGGAAAGAACAGGGGUCAACAAGAGAACGGAUGCUGAACACGACUCACACUGAGGCCAAUAUCCCAAGACUGAAGCCAGACACAAACUACGAGUUCCGAGUGAGAACUGUUAACAGCUACGGCUUCAGCAGUAACUUCGCUCGUACUACAGUACGCACUGAUAAAGAUGUGGCGGUACCCAGCCCUGCUGUUGAUGUGGUGGCCAUCCCUCAGUCCCCCAGCUCUAUCCUUGUGUCCUGGAACCCGCCCCGCCAGCCUAAGGGACAGAUCACCAAGUAUCUGCUGAUCUUCUCAGAGGCGGCCAGCUCACACACGAGUCAGAUCGAGGUCACAGACACCAAGAAACUGCUCAGAGGGUUGAUGGCGUUUAGGGAGUACACAUUCCACAUUGUGGCUGUCAAUGAGAACGGCGAGGGCAUGAGUACCCGGGAAAUCUCGGCCAAAACGUUCUCAGACAAACCUUCAGAGCCGCCACAGAACGCCACACUAGAGACGGCAAGUUCCACGUCACUGAUUGUGAGAUGGGAUCCACCCCCCGCCGAUCAUCAGAACGGAAUCAUAACGGGAUACAAAAUCCGCUACAAGACGAGGGGGGCAUCCAGGAACGGAGCUACGGUCACCACUGACGGAAACCGACGACUGUACGCUCUGACCAAUCUGGAGAAAGACACAGAAUAUCAGGUGCGGAUCUCGGCGCUUACUGUUAACGGGAGCGGGCCACUGACCCAGAAACUGUGGGCCACCACGUAUAAAGACGACCUGGACGAGUCUAAAGUCCCAGAUGCUCCUCGCCGUGUCCACGUGACCACAGACGACACCUCUAUACGUGUCUCCUGGUCCACCCCUCCCCCCGAGUCCAAGAUCAUGGUCCGGGGGUACAUACUGGGGUGGGGGAAGGGCGUCCCAGACACAGAGAAGAGACACUUCGGGCCAGAGACUCACGUCUUCACCAUUAAAGAUCUCCUGCCUUCAUCAGAGUAUGUGAUAACUGUCAAAGCUAAAAACAACAAAGGAGAGGGACCACCCCGAUACACCACUGCCACCACCACCAAAGAAUCAGUGCAUGAGUCAGUUCUACCCCUGAUGCCACCAGUUGGCCUGAAGACACAAGUUUUAUCCUCCACGACAAUCGUCCUAAUGUGGACCGACACCACACUGGGUGUCAAUCAGAUGGUCCAGGACACCCGCUACUACACAGUGAGGUAUCGCGUCGCCACCAAUGUGGAGAGUGAAAAUAGCAG